AUGUGUGGAAGAUUGCUCAGAAGGAGGAUUCAAUGUGGGUGCGGUGGGUUCAUGCUGUCUACAUUAAGGACAAUGAUUGGUGGGAGUACAAGCCAAAAGAAUGCAGGCUGGGCUUGGAAGAAACUGUGUCAGGUUAAGGAUAGACUGAAGGAGGGUUUCAAUAGUGCAGGCUGGCUGGGUAAUGUUUAUAGCAUAUCCAAGGUCUAUAAAUGGAUUCAAGGUCCUCAUCAAGAUGUUUCUUGGUAUCCCUGGGUGUGGAAUAGGUUCAAUAUCCCAAAGCAAGGCUUCAUUCUAUGGAUGGAUUUGCAGGACAGACUGAGAACAAGAAGCUUGCUAGUAGAUUGGGGUGUAUGCCAGGAUAAUGUCUGUCUUCUCUGUGGUAAUGCUGUUGAAAGUAGGGAACAUCUUUUCUUUGAUUGUGAUUACAGCAGGAAGUGUCUUUCAGGCAUUAGUGAAUGGCUUGGAAUUCCUGAAACUGAUUUCAGUAUAGAUAGGUCUUGGAAACAGUGGGGUAAGGAAGUGAAGGACUCUAUUAAGAGGAAAAUUUGUCUUGCUGCAUUGGCUGCUAUGGUUUACCAAAUUUGGUAUGUAAGGAAUAAGGCCCUUUGGUUGAAGGUUGUCAUACACCCUAGAGUAGUUUGCAAGGUGAUAUGUACAGAAGUUAUACAGAGAUGCAAGCAGAUGAUUAAUUGCAGAUGGAGGAGGCAGCACUGCAAGUGGCUUCAUAGUCUACAAAGUACUAGUUGUAGAUAG